AAACGUCACGCAUUCAAACGGCAGCCGACGGCGGACGCGCAGGCAGGCAGAGAAAGAAGGGAACCCAAUCGAGUCGAGCCCAGCGGAUCUCGCACAUUUACUGAUCGAGACACAGCGACAUCUUUGCAGGGUCACUCGGCGGGCUUUCCAUUGCAUGAUCAAUCGAAGGACUUAAAGAUGUGGAAAGAAUUCUGCAAGCUCGUACUCUUCCAUUUGCUGCUUAUGGAACUCCGUUGCGCGAAAGGAAUUCAUACGGAACCACAGUGUGAAGCCGGCCAGUUCAAGUGCAACAACGGAAGGUGCAUCCCAAGCCUUUGGAGAUGCGACGAUGAUGACGACUGCUCGGACAACAGCGACGAGGAGAACUGUCCAAAGAAGACAUGCGCAACCACGGAUUUUGCCUGCAAGAAUGGCCAGUGCGUUCCCGCUAGGUGGCGCUGCGACGGGGAGCAGGAAUGUGCAGAUGGUUCCGACGAGGCUGACGCAAUCUGCAGCCGGCAGACGUGUUCACCGGAGAAGUUUGACUGCGGCGGGACGGCGGCAAAGUGUGUCUCGUUGUCGUGGCGAUGCGAUGGCGAAAGGGACUGCGAGAAUGGGGCAGAUGAAGAGCACUGUGCCGCAGAUGCCAACGCCUGCCCGUCCAAGGAAUUCCAGUGCCAUAACGGCAAGUGCAUAGCGGCCAUCUUCGUCUGCGACGGCGACGACGACUGCGGCGACGGCGGCAGCGAUGAAGAGAAGUGCUCCCAUCCCACCUGCGGCCAGCACGAGUUCCGCUGCAAUGACUCCGAGUGUAUUCCGGCGCUGUGGAGCUGCGACGGCGAUCCCGACUGUAAAGAUAAGUCCGACGAAUCCAUGGAGCGCUGCAGUCGGAGGACCGAGCCCCAGAAAGCACGUUGCAUGCUCAGCGAGUUUCAGUGCGGGAGUGGAGAGUGCGUCCGCAUCAGCUGGAAAUGUGACGGAGAUGCCGACUGCAAGGACAAGUCCGACGAGACAAACUGUCCGCUGCUUACAUGUCGACCUGAUGAGUUCCAGUGUGGCGAUGGCUCCUGUAUCCACGGCACCAAACAGUGUAAUAAGGUCCAUGACUGCCCAGACGACAGUGAUGAAGCCGCUUGCGUCAAUGUUACAAAGUGUGACGGUGCCGGACACUUCCGCUGUAAGAAUGGAGAAUGUAUUGACAGCAGCAAGGUGUGCGACAACGUAAAAGACUGCAAAGACUGGUCUGAUGAACCUAUGAAAGAGUGUGGCCUGAAUGAGUGUUCGGACAACAACGGUGGCUGCUCCCAUAUCUGCAGGGACCAGAGGAUUGGCUUUAUGUGUGACUGCCCCUCUGGGUAUAAACUUCUGGACAAAAAGACUUGUGGUGACAUCGAUGAAUGCGAGAACCCCGACGCCUGCAGUCAGAUCUGCAUCAACUACAAAGGGGAUUAUAAGUGUGAAUGCUACGAAGGUUUCGAGAUGGAUCCUGCCUCCAAGACCUGCAAAGCCGUGGGAAAGAGUCCCUACCUGAUGUUCACUAACCGCCACGAGAUCCGUCGUAUUGAUCUACUGAAAAGCGAAUACACGCAAGUAGUUCCGACACUGAAGAAUGCUGUGGCGCUGGAUGUUGACGUUGCCACCAAUAAGAUGUUCUGGAGUGAUUUAUAUCAUCACAAAAUAUACAGCGCUUACAUCAACAAAGCCAACGAUUCUUCGCAGCAAGUCACACUCAUCGAGGCGCUCCAUUCCCCCGAAGGCCUCGCCGUCGACUGGGUUCACAAGAACAUCUACUGGACCGACUCGGGCAACAAGAGCAUCUCUGUGGCCACGGGGGAUGGCAGCAAGAGAAAAAUGCUCAUAGUCACUGAGCUGAGUGAGCCACGGGCCAUCGCCGUUGACCCGCACCAAGGGUUUAUGUAUUGGUCAGACUGGGGCGAACAGGCCAAGAUCGAGAAAGCUGGGAUGAAUGGAGUGGAUCGCCAAGUUCUGGUGUCUGAGCAUAUUGAAUGGCCCAAUGGAAUAACUUUAGACUUGUCCAAUAGGCGCCUCUACUGGGUGGAUUCCAAGUUGCACCUGCUGUCCAGUGUGGAUUUGAAUGGGGACAACCGAAGAGUCUUGCUGUCCUCCCAUCACCACCUGGGACAUCCCUUUGCUCUCACCCUUUUCCAGGACCGCAUAUAUUGGACCGACUUGGAGGACGAAGCAAUAUAUAGCGCCAACCGCCUGACGGGGAACGAUGUGGCAAAAGUAGCAGAGCAUCUGAACAAUCCGCUGGAUCUCGUGGUGUUCCAUGAGCAAAGGCAGCCAAAAGCUCCAGACACCUGCAACAUAGGCAGUCUUCCCAACGGUGGCUGUGAGUACCUUUGUUUAAAGGCCCCCCAGAUUACAGAGCACUCCCCCAAAUAUACCUGUGCCUGUCCUGAUGGAAUGGAACUGGGACCAGAUAUGAGGCGCUGUGUCACAGUGCGCGCAAGAACAACCACAACAGCAGUUCCUACUACCACCACUACAACUACCGCAACACCCAAAAGCACACCUGUUGUCACGACAACAGUAGCGGCCACAUCCGCUCCCACUGCUGCAUCUACCGCACUCGUGACCACAACCGGGAAUCUGGCAACCAGCAAACUCCCCCUAAAUCCCAGGGGAACCUCCACCGAGCAGCUCGGAACACCUGCUUCCACCGGUGCGCCGAGCAGUUUCAGCAGCAGCAGCAGCAGCAGCAGCAGCAGCAGAAGCAGCAGCCAGCCAUGGACAUCCACUCCCACAGCCCUACCGGGCCCCGUGGUUCCCAGCAGCAUUCAUAAAGAGAGCAACGCCAACCUGUCACACAGAGCUGCGGGGGGUGAUCACUACCUCAUAGGCAACAACAUCACAGUAGCUGUCUUGGGGAUAGUCAUUCCUAUCGUCCCUAUCCUUGCCACAGUGGUCAUCGGGCUCCUUUGCACCGGCGCCUACCUGGUGUGGCGCAACUGGCGGCGCAAGAACACCAAGAGCAUGAACUUCGAUAAUCCCGUGUACCGCAAGACCACGGAGGACGACGACGACGAAAUCCAUAUCGGCCGUCACAGCGAGUCGGUGGGACACGUCUACCCAGCAGUGAGUGGCGGCCACAGUCAGCCGUUCGUAGCGCUUCCUCUCGGGAGCGGCGUCAGCGACAGCAACUCUCACUGGUACUCGGGGGCGCCCAUGCUCUCCAGCGCCAAAUGAAAGGAGGAAUGGUUCAAAGGAGCCGUGCGUAGGAGUCACACAAGCCUACUAGUUGGCAGGCACACAAAUCAACGCACGCACGCACGCAUCGUGUUUUUGCAGUAGUCACCGAAAACGGCAAACACUUGAAGCAAGCCCUACACCAUGUGACAUAUUUUAGCAAUCCUUUCCCAUCGCACUGCAUCCCAGUCAUUGUACUUUGUGAUGAUUUUACUAUUUGUUUGUGUGUCUUCCGAAAGAGAUCUUAUUAUGUAAAAAAACA